UUCGUAUCGAUAUCGCCCAGCUGGAGAACUCGGCAUCCACUGAAGCAAUAGCGUAGAUACAUUUGGCGACACAGAAGCGCUAUAUCUCACGUGCCAGCCUGGUUGAACGGCAGUUGAAAAUGAGACAGCUGGGCUGUACCUUGAUCCUCGUGACCCUCAGUCUUACAAGUGCGUCGCAUUCGACUCCAGCAGACGAGCGUACGUCGAAAAAGCCUGGGGACUCUGAUAAUGCAGAAGCACGUGUCGUGCUGAGCCCACAGUUCUCAUCCACAUUCAGAGACCUUCUGCGCAUGCUGAAAUCAUACUAUGAGGAACGGCAGAAAGGAAAUUUAAACGUGAGCCCUGAGCAGUUCCAGGCUAUAAUGACUGAGAUGGCAGCACAUUAUGCUCGGUACACUGAUGAAUUUUCCUACGCCCUCCCUGUCUACGCUGGCCUCGCCGCUGUCAAGCUAGCCGAAGGCAACGAACAGAAGCGAAACAAAGCGUACGCCAAGCUGGGAGAAGCCUUCUGGAGAGCCAUUAACAGUGAUCGUGCGGUACCUGUGUUGAAGGCAUUCACGGAAGCAAUUACACUCGGCGAGCUCUAUUUGAUUACCCCAUAGUGAUAACUUAUUAUCCCCUCAUAUUUGCUACUAUUUACGAUGCUUUUCUCCGUGUUUGAAGUAUACUCAAUUCUUGAGAGACGUAGUUUUCCGUCAUCUAUACGUGGAAGCGACUCCCCAAAUACCGUGUUACAGUGAGAGCUAUGUCAGCACACUGUUUCAUCUUCGUACCGUUACACAUUUACGUUUCUGCGAAGAACCCGAAUUUCUUACGUCGACCUGGUCGGCACAGAUAUUUCCACUGUAGAAUCUUACAGGUAGGCAAGCUAGCAAACCACCAAAGUCUGAGAGAAAAUCGUACUAUCUCGUACUAUAUCGUAAAAUCUGAGCUAUGGCAUACUUCCAAGUGAUACGCAGGGUAUUCAUUCCCUAUAAAAAACAGAGCCUCACCGCAUAGCACACUCAUGGUCAACCAGCGCUCAUAAUGGUAUCGUCUUUGUGUUUUAUCUCUCUUUGUGGUUGUUUAGAUUUCUGCCAACAAACGCGUUCAGCGAAACUGUUACCGCUCGCUGUGCGUUUGGUGAACUAAUUUUGAAAACCUUCCUUGCAUGAGGCUUCUUCAGAUUUAUGUAAUUUCGUCUUGUCUUGUUUUGCAUGUAUAUGGUCGAUUGAUUAAAAUGCUGUAUAAUUUG